AUGCUUGAUCACACACAGACAUUGCCGACUACUUCGACUACGCCAGAACAGCCGAAACGACUGGCAUGUGAAAGAUGCAGAGGCCAGAAACUUCGGUGUAUUCGAAAUCGAGUCAAUCAGCUUUCUUGUAACCGCUGUGAGCGGGCAGGAGCGGUUUGCAUUACAAAGCCAUCAAUGCGAAUGGGAAGACCGGGACGUUCAGAUAGCCAACGAAAGGAAAAUAUCGCGAAUCGAAAACGACGACGAAGCCAGGUAGCCCCCGACCAGAAACUUCCGGACUAUAUGAACACUCCAGGGAAGAUAAGUAACACCGGGAGUCGCUGUAACUCACCCGCGCGUGAAGAUUCGACACCGGUAUUUCAGGGCCUGAAUGGUCCUCGGCCAGGCUUCACUUCUCACCUGCCCUCUACAGAUGUGCAAGAAAUGUCGGGGGCGAAGUUCACCCCGUUUCCCUUCAUGGGAGAAGGUGAAAAUAACGGCGCUGAAGCAGAGUCGAUGUCUUGGCUCAACUACAACGCAGUUGAGAUGAACAUCUCUCCGCUUGUAGAAAAAUACGAUUUCUUCAGGCCUUCGCUGGGUCUGAACGGAGAGAGUGACAUUGGGCCAAGCAUGAUACACAUCGGACCUCAAUCCCCCCCAAGCCCAAAUCGCGCCUCUGAGACGGGGUUUCAGAAUAUUGUUAGCGAUUUUACGCAUCUGGACACGGGGCCUGCUGUCGAAUUCGGAGAAGUCAACAUGCUUGAAGCACAGGACUUAUACCAGGAAUCGCUCGAACGAUUGGCAAGACUCAACAUGGACGUGAGCCAGCAACUCAAGCUCGAGACCAGCAGCGAUACCCCGCCCAAUGAGCACAACGCAACGCUGGUAUCUCCAUCAGAGCCAGCGCUCCCAAUAGCCCAGGUAAUUCGUGGGCUUCAAGAAUUUCAAGAUCUGCUCCAAAACUUCGUCAAUUUCCAGAGUGCAAGAUCCAUAUAUGAACUAAACUCCGACAACCCAAGGCCGAAUAUGCGGGGAACCGCGAUGAGUGAACAGACCCCUUCGGGAAGCUCUCAUUCGUUGGCUGCGCUAUCAAUAUCUCCAUCUUCUUCCGAUGAGUCUCUGUUGCCUAUUAUGAUUAACGUCUCUCGAAGCGGUGAGAGUAGCACAAGACAAACGCGACGGCACCAGAUAGAUAUUGCGGCAUCGCUUUCCAUGCUCAUGUGUUACAUUAAUCUCAUUCGUCUCUGUCGAACUGUUUUCUCUAAUAUUUGUCACUGUCUCGUUGCACUGAAUCAAAAAGCCAUAUCUACCGCCCUUUCGGAUAUACGGAUUAGCGGUGUAUCACUGCAGGGGGAUCAGAACCUUCAAAUUCUAGUCCUAGUACAGGUGGUUGUGCGCAUGCUUGAUUGCAUCGGGAAUAUGCUAGGACGUACGGGUCUCAGCAGUAGCGGACAGAAAAACGAAGAAAAAGGGUUACACCCACUCAUUUUGCCGAGGUUGAUGGAGACAGUGAUGAGCGAAGAAGAAACGAAUAGACAAGGUGCACGAGCUGGCGGUAUAAAGGCGUUGAGAGAGGAUAUCCGCAAGUUGAAAAGAGUCCUUAAUAGUACAUAA